GCGACGUUGAAGAUAUCUUUCCAACAACGAAUUCAAGGAUAAUUAAUAGAACUGCUGUCACAAACGAAAAAAUUCACAAGGGUGCCUACAGUCAACCACCGCUAAGGGGCACAACAACGCCAAUUUCCGUGCGUUAAAGAAAAUUUUACCUGGAAGAUUCACCAAUCACUGCGCAAAAGUAGGCAACAAGAAGGAAAUGAGCGGCUGUCGUAAUUAUCCAUCGUACUAUCGCUGCCUUAGUCAGGGGAACUAUUUAAAUUUUGAACAUCUGAGUGCUGAUAACUAUCCGUAUUAUCUGAGCAGCUUCUCUGGAGGCAACAGCAGUAAUAGCAAUGCCAAUAAUCCACUUUUCAAUUUCGGGACCAACGUAGAGAACGACACCAACGAUCUAUCCGGCAGCGAAAAUCAAUUCAACGAUUUCUUACAAUUACCCCUAACACCUUGGCGUACUUUGGAUCAAAAUUUAGAUAUAGAACCUUCAACUAGGAGUUACAGUUCCUCACAAUAUUUCAACUCAAUGAAUAACGAUAGACGCAAUGGUGGCGGUGGAGGCGUUCACGCUACCAAUUCGACAGACUCAAUUAAUAAUUCUUCGUCUCGCACACGUCGCGCACGUUCAAGGUUGGGUCAAUUGAAUCCACUUUUCCAUAAAAGGGAUAAAGCAGAAGAUGAAAAUGCAUUGCCAUCAUUACUAGUCAAGCAGGCACGCAAGACAGGCGCAAUGCAGCUGAGCGGCAAAGGCUUAACCACAGUGCCUGAUAAAAUUUACCAAAUAAAUGAAAUUGACAAAGAUUUGCCAACCUCACUGGAGCAGCUGACAGUUAAGGAGGAGGAUGCUUGGUGGAAUCAAAUGCCUUUAACGAAUUUAGACCUGAGCUCAAAUGCUUUAACACAUUUGUCGCCUAAAAUAGAAAACCUCGACACUUUGACCACAUUGACACUCCACGACAAUUUACUAACCAGCCUUCCUAGAGAAAUAUGCAGGUUGGAAAAGUUGGUGCGUGUCAAUUUGAGUCGCAACAAGUUGAGAGAGUUACCUGUUGAUUUUUAUACGUUACCUGAGUUGCGUUACUUGAACAUAUCGUACAAUGAAUUCGAGGAGCUGCACCCUAGUCUCAGCGAUUUGCACAUGCUGGAGUAUUUGGAUGCUUCACAUAAUUCACUUACGGCGCUGCCCAAUGGCAUUGGCUUCCUGGUGCGCGUGUCUGAGCUUUUACUCUCACAUAACCACAUAAAAGAACUACCCUCCGACCUGGUGAAUAUGCGUUCUCUACAAAAAUUGGACCUGAAUCAUAAUGACUUGAUUUCCCUGCCGGAGGAUAUUGGCAGUCUACGCAAGUUAUUGUGUUUGUACCUCCAACAUAAUGACAUAACGCAACUGCCGAACUUUGAGGGCUGCCAGUGUCUGCAAGAGUUGUAUGUUGCUAAUAAUCUAGUUUCGAAAUUACCAGAGAGUUUUUGCUCAAACUUGCCGCAUUUGAAAAUUCUCGAUUUGCGCGAUAACAAAAUUACGAAGAUACCAGAUGAAAUUUCACUACUGAAAAAUCUUAUUCGGCUCGAUUUUACCAACAAUUCAAUAAGCAAUUUGCCAUUGUCGUUGGCUUCGUUGGCGCAUUUGGUUAGUUUGCAACUCGACGGCAAUCCGAUCAAGUCAAUCCGGCGCGACGUGCUGCAGUGCGGUACAACGCGUAUCCUACGAACGCUGCGGGAUCGUGCGCGUGCUGCUAUCGAGAAGGAACAACGCCUUCUUCAAGGUGAUAAAAAUUCCCCAUCAUCGACAUCCUCAGCCACAUCUUUUGUACCUGCCAACUCCGGCACAAUGGGUGCGGAUGGUUUGAAUAGUCCACGGCGUCCGGCUGGCGGUUGUGAUGAAGAUGCAACUUUUCCCGAUAAAUAUAAGAUGAGAAACACACAUACACUGAACGUGACCAUGCAGUACCUAUCCACAGUGCCUGACGAGGUAUUCCAAACGGCAGCGGAAGAGCAUGUCAGCUGUGUGGAUCUCUCCAAGAAUCGUUUCGAAAAAUUGCCUGAUUCACUUCAACUACUCAAGAACAGUGCCAGCGAGUUGGUGAUGGCCAACAAUCAAAUAACCAAAGUGCCAACAUUUAUCUCACAAUUCACACGCCUUUCCCUGCUCAAUUUGUCAUGCAAUCACUUGUCCGAUUUGCCGAAAGAGCUGGGUGUCCUGAACACAUUGCGAGAAUUGAAUAUCUGUAAUAAUCGUUUCGAACAUUUACCCAGCUGCCUUUAUCAAACGCAAAAUCUAGAAAUUCUCCUGGCCAGCGACAAUCGUAUCAAGCAUAUCGAUGCCUCACCAACAGGAUUGGGUGCUUUGAAGCGGCUUGCAAUUUUGGAUUUGCGCAACAACAACAUUGAGCAAGUGCCACCCGUACUUGGAAACCUCAAACACAUUGUCACACUGGAAUUGAUUGGCAAUCCCUUCCGGCAGCCGCGCCAUCAAGUGCUUGCUAAGGGCACAGACGCUAUUAUGUCAUAUUUGCGUGAUCGCAUACCGGCUUAGUGCUGAAAUGCGGAGCUGCGCCUCCUCGUUCGGUGUAGAGUUAAUAGAGAUACAUGAUACUUUUUAGAAACGAAAUGGAGAAUAUUAAUUUUGGUAGUCGCGCGAAAUUUUCAAUUUUUGCUUAUUUUAUAUAAAAUUAACUUAGCCGCUGUUGGCACAGGCGAGCUUUGGCGCAAAGCGGCUGAGUUGAUUUAGCUUUUGGAAUUUUAUUUGUGACCAGAGGAUACGCAAUAUUUACAUGCAUAAAUACUUACCAGAUAAUGUACGCUUAACCAAAAAGAAAAUAUAUAUAUUUUUCGCAAUAAAA